AUGAUUGAAAUUGAACCGGAGAAUACAUCAUUUGGACAGUAUUCUAACUUCUACGGGACCAAAAAUGACUAUGGAACGCUAUUCAGAUCACUGAAAAGGCCCGAUGUAGACUACAUAUUUUUCCUUACGGACGCUGAUUACACAUUCAAAAAUGUGAAAUAUGACGCGAACGGUGGAUCGGAAAGGUCGGAUCAGGGCACUGAGGUUCCGAUAAUAAGGCUGUACGGAGUAACAAAGCAGGAGCAGAGUGUUCUGGUCUCAUUGCAAAACUUUAACCCGUACUUUUACAUAGAGAAGCCAGCAGCGCUGCUGGACAGGCACUUUGAUGACCUGAAGGAACUGUUUACAAGACAUUUGAGCGAACAAAAUCAAUUUAAGAGAAGUUUGCGAUACGUGUUGGAUAUCCAGAAGGUUAGGUUGACGUCGCUAAUGCUGUACGAUGAGAAUUCUGAAAAGGAUUUUUUGAAGAUAACAGUGUCAGUGCCACGAAUGGUGUCGAACCUGAGAACGUUCAUAGAGUCGGGAAUAUACCUGAAGGUGUACGACCAGGACAGAAACGAAGUGCGAGUGGCGUUUUCAAGACAAACGUACGAAGCAAACCUGCCGUACACACUGCGCUUCCUGCUGGACUGCAACAUCGUGAGCGGCUCAUGGCUGAAGAUACCAAAGGGGCAGUACACACUGGUGGAACAGCCGAGCUGCUACAAAGUCCACCCGAGCAAGAACGGGUGGGAUAGGAGUAGCACCUGCUCAAUAGAAGUGGUGGCAGAGUACGAUGCAGUGAUAUCGCUGCCGCUGGAAGGAGAGUACGAAGAGAUAGGUCCAAUAAAGAUACUCUCGUUCGAUAUAGAGUGCAUCAAGUUGACCGGAACAGGCUUUCCAAAUGCGAACUAUGACCCAGUGAUACAAAUAUCCUCGGUAAUAUACACCCAUGGGAAGGACAUCAACGAGACUAGGAACUUUGUGUUUACGCUCAAGGACUGCGACCAGCUGUCGAACGCAGCAGUGCUGUCAUUUGAAACGGAGGACCAGCUGCUGUUGGCAUGGUCAGACUUCCUAGUGCAAGUGGACCCAGAUUUCCUAACAGGAUAUAACAUAAUUGUGUUCGACUUGCCAUACCUGCUGACGAGGUCGACAGUUCUGAACAUAGAGCGCUUUAAGAAGAUAACGAGAAUAAGAAGCACAAGUUCAAACUUUAAGGACGCGAUAGUGUCGAAUAACAUGAUGGGAACGUACGAAAACAAGGAUAUAAACAUAGAGGGGAGGAUCAUGUUUGACGUGUACGACCUGGUGAGAAGAGAUCACAAACUGAAGUCGUACACGCUCAACUACGUGUCAUUCGAGUUCCUAGGGCAGCAAAAGGAGGACGUGCACUACUCGACAAUAUCGAAGCUACAGCAAGGAACGAGUAGCGACAGGAGAAGAAUAGCAAGCUACUGUUUGAAGGACGCAAUACUGCCGCUGCUGCUGAUAAAUAAGCUACUGCUGGUGUUCAACUACGUGGAGAUGGCGAGAGUGACGUCGACGCCUAUCAAGUUUCUCAUAACAAGAGGACAGCAGAUCAGAGUGACCAUGCAGAUAUACAGGCAGUGUAGGAAGAUGAAGUACGUUAUUCCAGUGAUCAGCAGCGCGGGGAGACACGGGAGCAACGAAAACAACUACGAAGGAGCGACGGUGUUGGACCCGCAAAAGGGAUAUCACACAAAUCCAAUCGCAGUGCUGGAUUUUCAGAGUCUGUACCCGUCAAUAAUGAUAGCAUAUAACCUGUGCUACUCGACGCUGGUGCCGCAAAAUAAAAUAUUAAAUCACCCAGAAGAAGAUGUAACGAGGAUACCAGGGUACAUCGACCUGUGUUUCGUAAAGGCAACAAAGAGGAAGGGAAUAUUGCCAAUCAUUGUUGAAAAUUUAAUCGAAGCACGCAGGAAGGCCAAGAAGAUGAUGGCCAGCUGCCAAGAUCCGAUGCUGAAAAAGGUGUACGACGGAAGACAGCUGGCACUUAAAGUAACAACGAACUCGGUGUACGGAUACACAGGAGCAGCUAGCGGAGGAUUUCUACCGUGUGUAGAUGUUGCAACAGCAAUUACAUCCUUUGGAAGAAAUAUUAUUCUAAACACAAAAAACAUAAUCGAGGAUCACUUUACAGUAAAGAAUGGAUAUAAAAAUGACGCCAAAGUGGUGUACGGCGACACGGAUUCAGUGAUGAUCAAUUUCGGCACGGAAGAUAUCCAGGAGGCCAUAGAUCUCGGAAAUGAAGCAGCAAGUAAAAUAACAAGCGUGUCAGUGAAGCCAAUAACACUGCUUUUUGAAAAGGUCUACAGGCCACUACUGUUAUUGAAUAAGAAGAGAUAUGCAGGUUUAUACUACAACAACAGUAAGACGUAUGAAAAGAUAGACUGUAAGGGGAUUGAAACCGUUAGAAGAGACUUUUGUAUGUUGGUACAGCAGAUGAUGGAGCGAGUGUUGUACCUAUUGCUGGUGGAGUUGAACCUCCCAGCUGCAAUCGAGUUUGUAAAGAACAAAGUGUCUGAGUUGCUGAGGAAUGAAAUAGACAUAAGCCUACUGGUGGUGACAAAAUCACUGGGAAAACUGGAAUAUGAACAGAGGCUACCGCACGUGGAGUUAGCAAAAAAACUAAGGAAGAGAGACCCUGGUAAAGCACCAGGUGUUGGAGAUCGCAUAAGCUACAUAAUAGUAAAGGGAACCAAAGGAGAAGCUCAAUACGACAGAGCAGAGGAACCACUGUACGUGACGGAGAACAACCUACCCAUCGAUACAAAUCACUACCUGGAGUCAAUAAAGACAACACUACUUCGCAUAUUCGACGUUGUAAUGCCGAAUCCACAGUCACUGUUCAGCGGUGAACACACGAGAGUGAUUAACAUAAGCAGUAACACUGGUGGACUAAUGAAUAAGUUUCUGAAGAAGGUAAACAGAUGCCUGAGCUGCAACACAGUGAUACAAACAAGCACCUUUUGCGACAACUGCAAUCAAUCAAAAAAACAACAGGUGCUACUCGACAAGCUCAAGAUAUGUCGCAUGAAGGAGGAAACGUAUUUUAAGCUAUGGACACACUGUCAAAGAUGCCAGGGUAACCUACACAGCGCUGUCGUCUGUGACAACAGAGACUGUCCAAUAUUCUACCGGCGAGUUAAGACCUCCAAGGACCUAUCGAACUUGGUGAACACGCUAAACACACUGCAAAUAGGCUACGAGGACUAA